AUAUAGCUAGGGCGCGAAUGGAGUGUGCGAUGUAACCGAUGAUCUCAUCACUUAUUUUUAUGGCAAAGAAUUUGAUAUAUUCUUUAGUUUUGGGGUUCCAUGGCUAUCAAGGUUUGUGAUUUGAGAUGAGCUAUGGUUUGGACUAGUUCUUGUUGAAGAUUAAAAACCAGAUAAAGCGAAUAUAUGGGUUUCAAGUAUCAUAAUAUCAGGUUUCUACGGGUUUGACUGGCAUUUCACUGAGGUUUCUAAGCCGGAUUCGUGUCCGUGUCCUCUUCUCUAGUCUUUGAUCUCUCUUUUAAAGGUCUUAAGAGUGGAACAUAAUGGAAACGUGAUCUCUGAUGAGGUUCAUAUGUCUAUAUGAUAGUAUUAAAUGUUUCGACCUCCUUUAUAUUGUAGUUUCAAAGUAUCAGCUCGGCAUGGACCCAUUGACGGUUUAGAGGGAGUGCCAACAGUGCAUUUGCACAGGACCCACUCUACUUUUAACAAAUUUCUUUUACUAGUUAAAGCCUUAAAAUUUUGAAAACUUGUAAAAAAACCAUAAAAUUUAAUACUAUACAUAAAUCCUCCCAAAAUAUAUAUUUCGGCUCAGGCCCAUUUUCAAAGUGAGCCGGCCCUGAUGGACCGUCUCUUGAGCUCGCCAUGGACCGUCUCUUGCGCUCGGCAUUGGGCAUGGAACUUGGUGGGCCCAUUGUCGCCUUAUGGGUUUCAAGGACACUCGUUCGGGUUCUCGGAACACUAAUACAGGAAGUCUAUUCAUGAAAAGGCAUGGUUUGUUUUGGAACUGUCGAUGUAUUAUUGCUCUCGUUGAAACUUAAUAAUAUAUAUUAUUGACAACAUACGGAUAUUAAUUGUAUGAUAAGUCCGUCCAUAUGGCAUGGAUAUAUAUAACAAAUGAAAAAUGAAGCCAUGAAUGUUUCUUCAUGUGAGAUUAUGCUUAGACUAAAUAAUGAUACUAGUCUGCCAAUGAAAUAGAAUUCGUCGAAAGAUAAUAUAUGUCCAUGUCGUGAACAACCUAUCAUGAAGGAAUAAAGAACAAUUAUUCCAUUCUAAUCACUCUUACAGAUUGAGAUUGGUAUAGUAGGUUGAGGGUGCGACGUAGCACAUAUAUAAUUUUAACGAAAUUAUUUAUCCCUGUAAUUAUAUAAUGAAGCCAAAAAAUUUAAAGUGUUAGUCUAUGAUAAAUCAUUAUAAAUAUUUAAUAUAAUUUUAUUACAUAUUUAUUGAUAAAUGAAAUAAGUAAAGGCAAUCAUUAUGAAAACUUCAUGAACAAAAAUAUUUCAAUUUAAUUUUCUCUUUUUCUCUUUUGAAUAUUUUUUUAAUCAGCCAGAAUUGUAUAUUCUCUAUUUGAACGAUAUUUCUCUCUUUUUUUGUCGCUCUGUGUAGACAAAAAGCAAAGUAAAAAACUAGUUCCGUUCUGGCUCUGGUUGGUGCCGGAGGUUUCCUCCUCCAACCAUAAUUUUCUUUCUCAUUUUUCUUUCUAUCCAUCUGCUUAACCCUAGUCCAUAAGCAAGUUUUUUAUGCUUGUCGAGAUUUUAUAUGAAGAAUUGUGUGAGGUCGAUGGUGACAGCAACAUGCAUUUUAUGGCGCAGCAACAAGACUCAUAGUGUGAUGGAUGCGGAAGGGCUGGCUUUUAGGGCUGAAGUGAGCCGUCAGAUUUGGUUUUUGGUUUUUGGUUUUUAGAGAUCUGGCACGUCAUUCAAGUCAACGGCGCCUGAACCGGUAACAUGCUUCCUCCACCAUAUAUGUACCUUCGUCUUUGGCAGUGGGAGCUUCCGGAAGAGAGGUAUGACGUCUGGUGAAAAGUGGUUCGUUCUGCAUCCUCAUAAUGUAAUUGGGUCUUCUGUUCUGAACGGUGGUACGAGCUUCAAAUCUCUUGAAAUUAUUUUUGGACUGGUAUGUACCUGUUUUCAAGGCCCAACUUUUGUUUCAUUUCAGACUCAUUGGUCCCGUCUUGUUGGCUAUUGGUUUGAGAUUUUAAUAAGCGGUUAUAUUGGAUCUAAUCUAGGAACACACCUUUGGUGUCAAGUUGUCAAUACAUGAAUAUCACUCUAAUCUUUUUGGCUACAAUCAACUAUGUAGAAAAUUAUAGUCUUAAUUAGGUCUAGUCCAUCGAUAGAUUUUGUCUUUGUAACUGUGAGGUGCAGGAGACAUUUUAUUACUUACGAUUUUGGCUGAAUGAAUUGGUUCUCGUUUAUGUCUUUUGUUAAGUGCACACUUCAGGGCAAUUAGGUAUCGUAGGAAGCCCUUGAAUUCUUCUAAGUAUUACUAUUUUGAUCCUAUUUGUGUGAUGGUGGUCGAAACCUCUUGUAAAGUAUAUGAUAGCAUACCAUGAUUUAGUGAAUAUACAUUGAUGUUUGAGCCAAAGAAAAAUUCAUGAACAAUAACUCCAUGUGCAGCUCUGUUCAUAACAUUGAUUCCUCUCCCAUGACUCCAGGUGCAGCUCUCUCUUCAUAAUAUUGAUUCUCCCAUAACAUGGAUGACAUCUGAAUUACACUUACACUCAUAAUAAGUAGAUUCUUUUCGAAUAAAAUUUGCAACAUACAAUACCAAGACAGAUGGUUCUACUUUUCAUAUAGUUUUUAUAUUGAUUAAUCUGCAGAAGCUACAAUAUCAGAAAUAAAACCCUAAAUAUUAUAUGAAAAUAAUUGAUGAGAGUAGGAAAUAUGUUCGUAACGAUUUAGUAUAUUAGAAUUUUAUGAGAACAAAAAUUUAAAAUGCAUAGAUAUAAAUAAAUAGAAUUAACUUAGCUUUCUUAAAUUCUAUGGAACGUAAAUUUGUAAACUGUGGUAUUGAGUAAUAUAUAGCCAGUUUCAAGUAUAGUAUAUAUGUGGUCAGUUUCUUCAUUUUUCUUGAAUAGUCAUGAUAUUUUAAACCAAGAUAUGGUCGAUCUUGUGUAUCUUUUGAUACACUGCAAUAAAAUCAUAUAUAAUGAACUCAUGUGAAAUUACGUAUGUCAUCAAAAAUAUGUUUGUCACGGCUCCCACUGCUAUUGAUAUUAGUCUGUAUCAUCUUUGAACCUGCGGCUUCACAUAAACAUUUGUAGAUUUUGUAAAUUAAGAUUGUACUAUUUAUUUCUAAACUUCAAAUUAUAAAACAGUCAAAAGUUAUAAAUCGUAAAUAAUAUUCUUGAUUAUAUGUUUUGUUUAAACGUGGAGACAGGGUAGAGUGGCUAACAAACUUAUAAUAGUAGUUUACUCUACUCUAUAAUUUGUACAAUAUUCCUUUUUAUGAUUUGCCAACUAAUUCAGACAAUAACUGUUGCGUCUACUUAUUAUAGUCGACUCAUAAAUUUGAAAAAAAAAAAAAAGUCAACCAAUCUCUUGUAGAAACCAAUUUAUGACUCUCCUAUACAAAAUUCUAUAAAUAUCCACUAAAACGCCAUAAUUUAUCUCCACUCUUCUCAAAGAAUAUAAACACACUACUACUUCCUGAGAUUUUGUUUCAGAGUUUUUCUGGUACACAAACAAAUGGCUCCAAGAACCUCUCUUGCACUCUUCCUUUUCCUUAACCUCCUCUUCUUCACUUACACUACUGCUCAAGGCACUUGUCCUAGAAAUGCCCUUCAGAUCGGUGCUUGCACUAAUGUGCUCAAUGCAAUUGACUUAACAUUAGGAAACCCACCGCCACCAGUACCGCCGUGCUGCUCGCUCAUUGCAGGCUUGGCUGACCUUGAGGCUGCAGUCUGUCUCUGUACCGCGCUCGACGUUAACGUUCUUGGCAUCAACGUUCACCUUCCCAUCGAUAUCAGCGUACUUUUAAAUGCUUGUAGCAGAUUUGCUCCACCAAGUUUCCAAUGCCCGUAAGUUGAAUACGUAUGAGAUAUCUGAAGACAUACCGAAAAAAUAAAGGUUGAACUUGUUGCCUGUAGUCUUUUGCUUUUAAACUGGUGAUUUCUUUUGUAUUUGUAACUUUCUUCGAUUGAAUAAAAUGAUGAGUGUAACGUUCUCAUGCAAUAAUGGGUUUGUGUGUGUAAUCGCCAUGUUCGUUGCCCUUUUACUUCAUUGUUCUACCUUACCUUCGUUUGUAAAACGUUUCGUUCGAAUUUGAUUAAUAAAAGCUUCAAUCGGUGUUAUUGUCUA